GAAUAAAUGUCUGAACUGCCAUUCUGAGCUUUUCCCAUGAAAAAGAACACACACAAUGCGGGCACACCCUUUCGCAAAAAUAAGCUAAUUCGUGGAAUAAAAGGGAGAUGAAGAAGUCAGAGUGCCCUCAGCUCAGGAAUGCCAGGAAUCCCCGGAGGAAUGCGUACGGGCUGGCGGCAGCGGCACCCCCGACACACCUCGGUCUCGGCGGCCCGCGGGGGGCUCCUCGCCGACCGAGCAGCCCUUGGCUUCUGACCUCAGCGCCCCCCAGCCCGGCCAGUGCGCGGUCACCUAGAGCCAAGGCCGACAGCAGCACCUCCAGCCGAGGCACCGCAACCACCGCACAGGCUGGUACACGCACUUGGGGGAAAGAGCCCCCGCUCUUCACAGCCGGGACGGAAAACUCGGAAACAGUCAGGUCUCAUCGGAGUGUGUUCUCGGAACUCCCUCGCCCCUCCGCGGCCCAUUCCCCACGCUCGCCCCAGAGGCGGCAUAGCCGCCGCUCGCCAGCUCAGCCCCGAGGAACGCUCGGGGGGAAGGCCUGCCCCUACCCGGUGCUCCACCGGCCUCCCCGCGCGUUACCGGCGGUCGUAGAGGGAGAGCCGUGUUGUUCUCCCCUCGCACCAGAGAGAAAGCGGCACCCCUGGCCUUUGGGAAAGAGCGUGUUUAACGGAGCGAGGUGGAGAAGGGAAGCCACCCCUUCAGCUCGGGGAGCCACCUCCACAGCCGCAGGCGGCAACCCAACACGGCGACGUCCCCUGUGCCUGCCGCGCUCCGCUCAGGUCGCGCCACAGCCCAGUGCCGCCCGGCCCCGGCCAUCUCUGCAGAGAGAAGACUGCGACGCGGUGCACCCCCACACGGCGCCCAGAGCUUCCGUCGCAACCAGCCACCACUCUCCCCACCCGUCCCGAGCCGCCUCACCCUGUGAGGGGGUUUCCAGUCAACUUCGUGCCCCUCUUGCCGUCGCCCCGCCAGGCGCGCUCGCCGCUGGAGCUGAGAACGGACUGCCCGCCCCUUCCAGCGGGGGAGGGGGGUGCCGGAGCCGCGCCCGGGCCGGGCCGGGCCGGGGAGGAGCCAGGCGGGGGGCGCUCCCUCAGAACUGACCUACAUGACAACUUUAUGCAGCCACAUUACUGUGUUCUGCAGAAUAAGAGAGAAUACUGUGAAUUGGAAAAGAUGUUGAGACAAAAUCUCCUUUGACCUCUGGCAUGCAGAGGAAAUAGACCAGAGGUGUGUUUGGUGUUCCUAAUCAUGAGUGAUGUGCUAUGUAGAGAUCCACUUCUGAAUCUCUACAUGGACUUCUGUGCCCAGUGAAAUACAGGCAGAGAAAAAACAAAUUUCUUCAAUUCCUUGUUAAAAAAGCUGAACAUUCGUGAAAGCAGCUGGUCCCAGAGGUGGAACAUUCCAAAACCCUGUUUGGAGCCAAGUGAAUACGUUAUGGAGUCAGUUGUGACACCACUUUAUAGAGAACAGACAAUGAGUUUUGGAUCUCGUGAGUGUAAUGCUGCAUGCCAGAACUGAGAAGGACAACUUACUCUCUGUUCUCCUGCCCCCGCUGCUCUCUUCUGUAUACUGAGGAGGGUCAACUGCUGCUGUACCUAAAUGAAGCAGCCCCAACACUGGGCCUGGAAGGAACAGAAGCCAGCAUGCUUCAGACUGGAAGGGAAGGACUGGACCUAGAGCUGGAAGCCUGAAGGGAUAAAUCCUCAAUGAUGGCCAAGCAGCCAGGCAAGAAGAGGCACAGGUAAGGGAGGCAGAAGUGUCUCUGACAUUUACUUAUGGAUGCUGGAAGGAACCUUGCGUUGUUGAAUCUCACCAAUGAUCUUCACACUGGAGCAGUAAAUGGGCAUCACAAUAACCAUGUUACUAGUUAAAUAGCAGAGGCAUGUACCUGGAAAUGACAAAUUUUAAGCUUGCUUAUAACUGAUACAGUUUGGAGACCAUAUCUUAUGGUACAGAAGCUGGGGGUAGGGCGAGGGCAGGGACAAGGGAGGAAAGAAGUCCAGGAAGACCCAUGGAAGCACGUACAGACAGCUCAGUUUACGUGGCCUGCUAGUCAAAAAGUCAACAGUUACAGAAAUGUAGAAUUGACUGGUGUGUGGCUGUGGUUAUUUUCCAUCAGUUGUCAUGGAUAUGCAAAAUAGCCACACCAGAAAAAUAGACAGCGAAGCUUAACAGACACAUACCAUUUUUGGUUUCAUUCACACUCUUUUCCCUGAUACCCCUGAUAUUCCUUUAAAUGCAGAAUCUGUAUUUAUAUCCAAAAAACUUUUAUAAAGAGAGCUUUAUUGACACAUUUGUUAUACUUCUAUAUAACAUGAUAAUGACAACCAGCUGGCUACAGCUAAUGACAGGCACUAAUUCAUAUUGGGUUACUACCUUCAUGUUCUGCAGGCUGUCACUUUCUUCCCGCCAUUUUUAGCAUUCUUGCCCUCUUGUACUUGCAUUUUAUGAUGCUCAUGUUUACUAUUCUUGCAUGCUAGGAAAAGAAUGAGCAUUUUAAAAGCUUUAUGUUUAAUUACACUUGCAGCUAUUACUUGGUCACAUAAACAAAUUAAAUGGACAUUUAAUUAAAUGUUACCCUUUUAAAAGGGUAAACUGGAAGCAGAGCCUAUUGACUGAACACUGAUAUUGCGUGCAUUUAUCUUAAUUAGUCAGGUAGUGUUAGGGAUUAACGUACUUUAGCUGUUAUAUCCAUAAUCAAAUGCAUUAGCAUUUAUGUCUUUGUAGCAUACAGAAUAUCAGUUAAGAUGUGAGCUCUCUCCUGCUGGGUAAUGUACAAACAGAACUUGAAGUGUAUCUGAAAGACCCCCUUCCUAAGUCACCUUUAAAGGAAAAUACUGCAAUAGCCUCUCCAGCUUUUGCAGGUGUGAACUGACCAUUCUGAUGACAAUUCAAACCCUGAUCCAAAAAUAUCCCCCACCUUAUCAUUUUGUAUUUAUAUACAGGAGAAUUCUCUCUUAUGG